AUGGUCUUGGCAGCCUUGGGGAAUGACCGCGAGGCAUUGGGUGAUGCGAUCUACGGUUUGAAGAUUCACGCACUGGUGGCAAUCAAGGAGAAUUUCACAACGCCCCGCGCAGUGGUGUCCCUGCGCUUUUUCAAUUGCUUCCGCCUGCUCCUAGAGAAGGCUGAAGACCCCAACGAGCUGAAGAUCUAUGUGGAAACCUUGGCCUUCAAGCAUUUGAACAAUGAAAUCACCGAGCAACGUGUGGAAGCAGUACAGGAUGCUUUCAAUGAGCUCAUGGUGCAGAAUGUGCCCAAUCUGCCGCCGGGCACCGCCGCUGCCUGGCGGAAGUUGCUGAGCUACACCGGCUCCUGCUACAGGUACGUGGGCGACACCUACGGGGAGCGCCUUCGAGUGAUCAAGGCUUGGGAUCCAUGGGUUGGUGCAAGUCAGCUUUUUGCCAGCCAAGUGAGCGACUUUCGUGAACCUGUCCAGGAAGAUUGGGCUGCCGUUCAGAAGUCUGCUACGGACGAUCGGAACAAGGACGAGACCAAGACUAACGCGGGCGACAACGCCAACGCGGGUGGUGGAGACAAUGUAAAUGCAGACGAGGCGAAAGAAGAUGACACCGCUGACGCUGGGGCCGAGACCUUCAGCUUUGGGCGGAUGUGCGCUUUCAGCAACGAGGUCAUGGGACAGAAGACUGAAGGGUGGAUGUUGGAGCUCCUUGAGGUCUUUCAUAUCUUGGUCGAUAUGAUCUCGAGCCCUGUGCAUUUGCAAGAGGAGUGCGACUUAUUGGCAAUCAACUUGAUUACCAAGUCCAACUCGAUCGACUUUGACAAGUUCAAGCCGGUGAUGUUGGCAGCAUUGCGAUCCUUGCUUCCGAAGCAAUGGAGCACCUUGCAUGAGACAUCCUGGGAGUGGUUGUGGACAACUGUGGCACGGAACUUGAAUGAGUCCACCAUGAAGGUGCGGGCCUUUAAGCCGUACAAUAUCCGCAUGUUCUCCUCGCUGCAAGAGGAGCAGCUGGACCGCUUCCGCAAGGACAUCUUCACCGAAUUCUUCGCGCGAAGCCAGGCAAGUCAAGACCUUUUCAAGCAGUCACAGACCAGGCUGCGCUACAUUGCUGAUCGGGUGCUGCAGUCCUCGUCCGACAUGUUUCAAAAGAACAAGGAUGAAACCUUGGAUGAUCUCUCGGCUCUCGGUUUGCGUCACGUCGGCUAUGGCAUUCCCAUUGAGCUCUUUGGACCCUUUGUGGAGGUUUGCGUUCAGGUGAUGCACCCACUGAUCCAGGAGUUUCCAAAUGACGUGGAGAGUACCAAGCUUAUUUGGUGCCCAAAGGACAGAGCGCAUCAGAUUCCAGAGAACGAGAUGCCCGAGCACAUGAUGAUCGAAGGCUUUCGUUGGUCCAUCGGCUUGACUGCCCGUGUUCUGGUGCGUACCAUUAUGGAUGGGUCAACGGCAGUGAUGCAGGCGGUUCACUUUGAUGAUUCCAAGCGUUUGCGCCGUGCGUUGAUGGAUGCUCCUCGUGUGGAACGUUGCGUGUGGCAGCUGGCGGUGCAAGUGGGCAGUCAAUCGAUCUCGCCACUCUUCUGGGCUUUGAGGAGCGGGGCUCAUGACACUGCAAAGACGAUGAUCGAAGACGUGCUAACCAUUCGAGCUGACAGGGACAACUACUACUUUGGAGCUGAUGAGCUCUUCAAGUACCAGCCCAACAUCGCAGACAACGUCUUGCGCGAGGCGCCCUUCCUGGCAGAGACCUUGUUGGAUGGAUUGAUUUGGCGGUCGCACAAGAGCAAGGACAACUUGCGCCCAGUGAUCUACUAUUUGAAGCACCUGUUGCAAGACAUGGAUGAAACGAAGAUGCUCUCCCGGGCUUUGAUCAGCUACAUUCGCUUCGACCACCCUCAGACGAUCAUGCAUCCAAUCCUCGCCUUUUCAUUGGACAUGCUUUGGGACAAACUGGCCUUGCGCUACUUCAUCAUGGACCGCAUCCUGACGAUCUUCAACUGCUUCAUCUUCAUCAUCGCCGAGUGCAUUCUGAACCAUCCAGACCUGCUGGAGGACGCCACGUUCAGUAAAGUCUUAGCGGCGGCUCGGAUCUUGGUCUACACUGUGGGCUUUUUGCGCUUGCUCUACUGGCACGUCUCUCAAACCUUCAUCGCCUACAGGUCCAAGGCGUUGGUGAAAGGCUGCGGGCUUUGGCUGCCUCAGUACCUCACGCGUGGCGCAGCGAAAAUCAGCUUGCUGCUUUGCCUCACCAUGUUGGCAAUGAUGACCGCGCGGAACCUCAGGGGGAUGGCGAUUGUGCCUGGCAGUCGUACUGCCUGGAUGUCUGGACUGGAUGGAGAUAAAGUUGGUGAAAGGUGA